UUUGUGGGCGGGGCUUCCGCGCGGGCGGCCAUGAAGCCGGCGCGCGCCGCCGUGUGGAACGCCCGGGCCGCGCUGGUCUAUUCGCUGGGCGCCUGGACCACGCUGGGCGCCCUCAUCUACUACGGCCGCAUGGAGAACGGCAGCACCGGUACCGAGAAUAGAAAUGAUCCUGAGGCAAGCCAACCCCGCAAGGAAGUACACACUAAGGAAUAUCCUUUUGGAUUGACAGUGACAACAGAAAUAACUUACAAAGAGGUUCAGCCUCCCCUUACUCGGCUGCUCAGGCGUGUGGUGUCGUUCUUUGUUCCUGAUGACGGCCCUCCUUCUGAGAAGUGAGCUGUUCAGAAGCUCAGAACGUUGUGCUGGACCUGUGAGAACAUCAUCCCAGUGCCUGGCACCAGAGCACUGCUGGAAAACUGUCCCUUGCUUUGCUGGAACAGCAGCUCUGCCCUUGCUGGUGUGAAGGUGCUUUCCCAGCAGGACAAACCCAGGUAGAUCCAGGCUGUACCUGGGGUGGCUCCUCAGCUGGGCAGCUCUGAAAUGGAUACUUCAGGAAUGAUGAGUAAAUGGGAAGGAAUAUAGUUUAAUGUCUUGGUUACUGGAGUUCUUAAUGGUCCUUCAAAUAAAAGCUCAGAGAGAUGA